UUAUCACUUCUCAAAAACAUUGGGGGACCAAAUUCCCAAAUCUCCUAAACCUUAACCGCAACUUCGUCGUCCUUCUUCUUAACUCGUACUGUCCGAAGCUGUGCGGUUUACGGUGGCGGCGCUGCUAAGCUUCAACGCCAAAAAGUUAAUUGGAGAUCUCAUUUAGAUGGAAAUCAAGACAGAUGGAAGUGAUGGAUCGUUGGUUUUAAUCAAGCAAGGAGCUGAGGCUAGGGUAUUUGAGUCAACAUUUGUGGGUAGUAGGAGGUGUAUUAUCAAGGAACGGUUCUCAAAGAAAUACAGGCAUCCUACUUUGGACUCAAAGCUCACUCUUAAACGGUUGAAUGCGGAGGCAAGGUGCAUGACAAAAGCUAGACGGCUUGGUGUUGUUACUCCAGUGUUGUAUGCUGUUGACACUGUUAUGCAUACUCUCACCUUUGAAUAUGUUGAAGGUCCUUCUGUAAAAGAUAUAUUGCUUGGCUUUGGACUAGUUGGCGUUGAUGAAGAGCGGAUGGCUGAUAUUACAACACAGAUUGGUAAUGCUAUUGGAAAACUACACGAUGGUGGCCUAGUCCAUGGCGAUUUGACAACAUCAAACAUGUUACUGAGGAGUUCUGCCAAUCAGCUGGUGCUGAUUGACUUUGGUCUAAGCUUUACUUCAACACUUCCAGAAGAUAAAGCAGUUGAUUUAUAUGUACUAGAACGUGCUUUACUCUCUAUGCACUCUUCUUGUGGAAAUGUGAUGGAUCAGAUACUUGCUGCAUACAGGAAGUCCUCAAAGCAGUGGUCAUCAACCUUUAACAAGCUAGCCGAAGUGAGGCAAAGAGGAAGAAAGCGCACAAUGGUUGGUUGAGCUUCUCCAAUUCUGCACUCCAUGUUGAGGUUGGACUUGUGAUAAGAUCAGAUGCCAUGGGGCAGGAGAAACUGAAAAACUUGCUCAUUGCAAAGACCAAUCUGUAUUUGUUGCAGUGUGACUGAUACUACUCAUGUUACUUGUUUGAAGUCACUUUGUAUCUACUAUAUAUUCUCUGCAUUCUUAUUCAGGCCAUCUGCCCGCCCAA